UGCUCAUAAUCGCCUUGCUGAGGAAGCCCUUUUCACCAGGGUGAAUUGCCGGUUUUCCAGACAUGCCCGGGCAGCCUGGAGGCAGACGACUGGGCUGCCUGCCAACCACAAGUUCACGUUGACGUUUCUAAUCUCAAUUGGCAGCCAGGCGCAAGCGCACUGGGUCUCCCGGCGCGGCUGGGGCGGAGCUUCCGGUAGGCCUUGGGCGCAAGCGUCAAACCCGGUCAGGUCUCGUCCCUGGGAGGCUGGCGGUAGGACCGUCGCAACUUGGCUUACGCGUGGGGCAGCUACGCUGUCCGGGAUAGUCUGAAGGAUGCCAAGUGAAGGGAGCCUCCAUUCCUGUCAAACUCAGGAUCAGGAGCGUUCACAGAGUCCACCUGUCAGAGCUGAUGAAGACACAGCUGUGGAGCAGGAGCGUGGGGGUGCUGUGGAGGCAGGGGAGCACGUGGCCUCUCCUCCCUCUAACUAUAUGCCAUCCACCUCUGCUGAGGGGUGCACAUCAGCAGCCAUGAGGAGAGGCCUGGCCCUGCUGCACAUCGACAGACAUCAGAUCCCCGCAGUGGAACAGAAUGCGCAGGCCCUGGAGCUGCAGGGCCUGGGUGUGGAUGUCUAUGACCAGAGUGUGCUGGAGCAGGGUGUGCUUCAGCAGGUGGACAGCGCCCUGAACGAGGCCGGCCGUGCAGCCCAGCUCGCAGAUGCUGAGAAGGAGUACCGUUGUGUCCUGGAUGACCUCACGUCAUGUACAACAUCUCUGCGGCAAAUCAAUAAAAUUAUUGAACAACUUAGCCCUCAAGCUGCUACCAACAGAGACAUCAACAGGAAACUGGAUUCUGUAAAACGACAGAAGUAUAAUAAGGAACAGCAGCUGAAGAAGAUCACUGCAAAGCAGAAGCGCCUCCAGGCUGUCCUUGUUGGAGCAGAGGUGAGAGUGGAGCUGGAGCAUGGUGGCCUGGAGGAGGAGGAUGCAGAGCCGGGCCCGUCCUGCCUUGGCAGCAUGCUCAUGCCUGCCCAGGAGACCGCCUGGGAGGAGCUCAUCCGCACUGGCCAGAUGACACCAUUUGGUACCCGUGUCCCUCAGAAAACAGAGAAAAAGCCUAGAAAACUAAUGCUCAAUGAGGCAUCAGGCUUUGAGAAGUAUUUGGCAGAUCAAGCAAAACUGUCUUUUGAAAGGAAGAAGCAAGCUGCUAAUAAAAGAGCAUCCAGAAAAGCUCCACCCUCGGUCAAGUCUGAGUCAAGUGCACAAUCGAAAGAAAAAAAACCAAAGCAGAGAAGCAAAGUUCUCUCCAAAACAGACUGGCGUUUGAAGAAGCACAUCAGGAAGCUCCAGAAGAGGGCGCUGCAGUUCCAGGGGAAAGUGGGGCUGCCCAGGGGGAAGAGGCCCCUAGAGGCAGAGGCAAGGCUGCAGACAAAGGGAGAUGAGGAGGGUGAGGAGUUGGGAUCCUUUCCCUCCGAGGGGGAGGAAGAGGGAGGCAGGGAUGAGGUAGGGGCUGACCUGUCCAGAGAUGUCGCAGACUGUGAGCUGAGGCCUGUGCUCAGGGGCCAGAAACGCCAGAAGAAAGUCCCACCGUGGAAGAGUGAUGACAAUUUUUCCCCAAGUUCUGGGGAAGAAGCAGAAGCCACAGAAGGUGGAGGAGGAACGGGUCGAAAAGUAGUGAGGUGCUGUGACGAUGGAGAUGAAGAUUAUUAUAAGCAGCGGUUAAGGAGGUGGAAAAAACUUGAGAAACACCUGAAGCUUGAAGACGACUCAGAGGAGAGUGAUGCGGAAUUUGAUGAAGGUUUUAAAGUACCAGGUUUUCUGUUCAAAAAGCUCUUUAAGUACCAGCAGACAGGUGUUAGGUGGCUGUGGGAAUUGCACUGCCAGCAGGCAGGAGGAAUUCUGGGAGAUGAGAUGGGAUUGGGCAAGACCAUCCAGAUAAUUGCCUUCUUGGCAGGUCUGAGCUACAGCAAGAUCAGGACUCGCGGUUCAAAUUACAGGUUCGAGGGACUGGGCCCCACUCUGAUUGUCUGCCCAACAACAGUGAUGCAUCAGUGGGUGAAGGAGUUUCACACGUGGUGGCCUCCCUUCAGAGUGGCAAUUCUGCAUGAAACUGGUUCCUGUACCAACAGAAAGGCGAAACUGAUUCGGGACAUUGCUCAUUGUCAUGGAAUUUUGAUCACCUCUUACUCCUACAUUCGGCUGAUGCAGGAUGACAUUAGCAGGCACGACUGGCACUAUGUGAUCUUGGACGAAGGACACAAAAUUCGAAACCCCAAUGCUGCUGUCACCGUGGCCUGCAAGCAGUUCCGCACGCCCCAUCGGAUCAUCUUGUCUGGCUCGCCGAUGCAGAACAACCUCCGAGAGCUGUGGUCGCUGUUUGAUUUUGUCUUCCCGGGAAAGUUGGGCACCUUGCCUGUGUUUAUGGAGCAGUUCUCUGUCCCCAUCACCAUGGGGGGAUACGCCAAUGCUUCUCCUGUGCAGGUUAAAACUGCUUACAAAUGUGCAUGUGUCUUACGAGACACCAUAAACCCAUACCUGCUACGGAGAAUGAAGUCAGACGUCAAGAUGAGCCUUUCUUUGCCAGAUAAAAAUGAACAGGUCUUAUUUUGCCGUCUUACAGAUGAACAGCAUAAAGUCUACCAAAAUUUCAUCGAUUCCAAAGAAGUUUACAAGAUUCUCAAUGGAGAGAUGCAGAUUUUCUCUGGACUUGUAGCCCUAAGAAAAAUCUGCAACCACCCUGAUCUCUUUUCCGGAGGCCCCAAGAACCUUGGCCGCCUUCCAGAGGAUGAACUCGAAGAGGAUCAGUUUGGAUACUGGAAGCGUUCUGGGAAGAUGAUUGUCGUUGAGUCUUUGCUGAAAAUAUGGCACAAACAGGGUCAGCGAGUACUGCUGUUUUCUCAGUCGAGACAGAUGCUGCACAUCCUCGAAGUGUUCCUGAGAGCCCAGAAGUACUCCUAUCUCAAGAUGGACGGUAGCACUACCAUUGCCUCGCGCCAGCCGCUGAUUGCAAGAUAUAACGAGGAUGCAUCUAUCUUCGUGUUUCUUCUGACUACGAGAGUGGGCGGCAUAGGCAUCAACCUGACCGGGGCCAACAGAGUAAUCAUCUAUGACCCUGACUGGAACCCGAGCACUGACAUGCAGGCCCGGGAGCGAGCCUGGAGGAUAGGCCAGAAGAGGCAGGUCACCGUGUACCGGCUCUUGAUGGCUGGCACCAUCGAGGAAAAGAUUUACCACCGACAAAUCUUCAAGCAGUUUUUGACAAACAGAGUGCUAAAAGAUCCAAAGCAAAGGCGGUUUUUCAAAUCCAAUGACCUUUAUGAGCUGUUUACUCUGACUAGCCCCGAUGGCUCCCAGAGCACUGAAACAAGUGCGAUUUUUGCAGGAACUGGUUCAGAUGUUCCAACACCCAAACGCCAUUUCAAAAGGAAGAUUCCUCCAGCCUUUGGGACAGACCAGAAUGUUCCAAAAUACAGGAAAUUCCCAGAUUCUGACACAUUUGCAAAUGUAGCCACAUCAUCUGAAGAUAAAUCUAAGGCAACAGGAGCUGAAGGAAGCAUGGUAACCUCCAGUACAAGUGGCCCUUUGAAAAGUGACCCUCACCCAGGCAGCAGGGUAACUAGCAGUGACAGGGUUAGCGAGGAGACAGGUGCAGUGUCUGGACCAGAGGAGCCACCCAUGACUGGCAGAAAUGAGUACUGCUCCAGUUCUCCACAAAUUGACAGAGCACCCGGCCUGUCUGGCGAGGAAAGCAUUGCUGUGAAGCAGGGACCUUCUGGUGAAGGAGACAGAGGCCAGGUUCCAGCAGAACUUCCUCAGGAGAAUGGACAGGUGAGAAGUCAUUCCUGUAAGCACAAGUCGAAAACGAAGCACCAGGAUGUAGCAGAAGAAGGAGCCCUGGAGAAGAAGCAGAAGCCCCAGGGUGCCAAGCACCGCAGAGAUGCCAAGUUUGAGGGCACACGAGUGCCACACCUGGUGAAGAGAAGGCGGUACCACAGGCAUGAUGAAGGCCCUGAGAGCAAGCCCAAGGCACACAGUGGUGAUGACUACGUUUUAGAAAAGCUCUUCAAGAAAUCAGUGGGCGUGCACAGCGUGGUGAAGCAUGAUGCCAUCGUGGAUGGUGCCAGCCCAGACUACGUGCUGGUGGAGGCAGAAGCCAACCGAGUGGCACAGGAUGCCCUGAAAGCCCUGCGGCUAUCCCGUCAGCAGUGUCUGGGUGCUACGUCUGGUGUUCCCACCUGGACUGGCCACAGCGGUGCCAGAGUGAAGAGUAGAUUUGGUCAGAAAAGGAACUCUAACCUCUCUGUGCAACGUCCUCUGUUGUCUACAACAAAACAAUUCCAGGAUGGUGUGGUGAAAAGGGAAGAAAAAGACCGCACAUCUGAGCACUUCAGUGGAAAAGCUGAGGACAUGGACUCUUCCUCUGCAGCCCUCACAUCCUCCUCCCUCUUGGCCAGGAUGAGAGCGAGAAACCACCUGAUCCUUCCUGAGCACUUGGAGAGUGAAAACGGGCACCCAGCAGAGGUGUCUGCACUGCCUCUCUGUGCCACAGAACACGAUGAGCUGCUAGUGGACAUGAGGAACUUCAUUGCUUUCCAGGCCCGCGUAGAUGGCCAGGCCAGCACCCGAGAGCUACUGCAGGAGUUUGAGCCCAAGCUGUCCACGUCACAGUCCUGUGUCUUCCGGGAGCUGUUGAGGAACCUGUGCAUGUUUCACAGGACGUCGAGUGGGGAGGGGGUGUGGAGACUCAGGCCGGAGUACUGCUGAGUGUAGCACCCCUCAGCCCCACCCCAUGUAGCUCCCAGCAUAGGCUUCAGAGCCCUGCCUGGGCCUGUGAACCUCCACAUGGCAUCUACCUCAUAACCAGAGCUGAGGAAGGAGGUGCUCUUCCUUAGUGCUGCAAAGAUUCAAUAAUGCUGACUGAAGAAGGAAAUACGGGGCUUGGGGGCGGGACCAGGAACUAUGUUAUAAAAUCAGGGACGCAACAGAUGCUCCUCACAGCACAUUUGUUCCUUGUGUUCAUGGAGAGGCUUGGGGUCAGGAGUCUCCGUUCUUUUUAUUGGUGCUAGAAACAUGGCUUCCAUUCAGUUGACCUGUUCAAUAAAUUAGGUCAUCAGUAUUUGAUAGCAGCAGUAUUCUGGUGCGUAACUUUUAAAUGCUUAAAUUUACCAUUUGCCACCCAAAAGAGAUCAGAUUUGUUGUCUUGGAAAACAGUUGCCUUUAUAAACAGUCUCCUUUUACGCUACUGUACGUUGGUAGGUUUUAAAAUUUUUACCCUUGGUGCUGAGGGUUAAGCUCAGGGCCUUGGGCACUGAUUGCAGGCUCCACCCUGAGCCGCGUGUCCCUCUGCAGGUGUUUCCAUGAGUACAGCAGGAAAUAACUUGUUAAUAGUCACGAACUCAGUUUAUCCUGGCUGCCCUUUAAGCAAAAGGUGCCCCCCACCGCCACCACAGUAACUGUUGAUUUUGGGAAAGUUGAAAGUAUUACUGUAUUUUACAAAUUAAAUGAAAAAUCCAUGCAGAACUGCUAGUAAGUACAUAAAGCAAUACGUGCCUACACGUCCCUGCAGAUCGCAGCCAGGGUCUGACCUGGCCCAUGCACUUGGACUGCGUGUGUGAGUGCCCCUGCUGCAGUGCUGGUGCCUUCACACCUGAGUGCCGCUUCAGCUGUGGCCCCUCUGUCUGCAGUCACCUCUCCGUGUCUUCCCUUGUGGUGUUGCUCUCCUGCUCUGGUGGCUUGCUUUUCACUUGAGCCUCUUCAUGGCUCACUGUUCUGUGGUGGUGCAGCCUCAGUCCUGUCCCUCAGCCUUGUUUUUCUCAUUUCCUUCUCUUGGUUGCACGUCAUCCCUUGUCUGAAGUCUUGUCACCCUGAGUCCAUUGUGCUCCUGACAUUUCCACCGUAGCUGUCCUGCUGCCAGCUGUCUCCUGGAUGUUUCUGCUGGCUUGUGCUUUUUGCCUUCCAUUUCUCUGUGUGUGUAGUUUGCUCGCCUCCCACCAUGCCCUGGCUUAUGCCUUGCUCAUGCUUACAGUGGGCAGCCGUGUCCGGUCCCAUCUGCUUUUCCCUGCUGUCCAGAAGAGGCACCUCUACAGGCUCUGUGUUGCCCUAACUGCCUGACAUGGGUUGCACUCUCUGCUGCGACUUUGAUUGAUAGCUCAGACCAGGGACCCUUCCGUGGCAGUCACUGUUGCCAGUGGGAUCUCCUGCUUCCAUUAGUAGAAUUCCACCUUGUUCAUUUUUAUAUGUGUCUGUACGUGUGGGGGUACAUGUGCGCGCGCGUGCGCGUGUGUCGGGGGUUAUAUUACUUUCUUCGCUUUGCCAUGGGAAGGGUUACUAAGGUCAGUGAGUCUUAACCUUCAGUACUUGGCUCGGGGGUCAGCACGCAUGGUUGAUUUGCUUCUGGGGAGCUCUCCAUUUAUUUUUAUGUUUAUAAUCCUUAGCCUGUAGAAAAAUUGUGUCCCUUUGUUCUCAGGGCUUCCUACCUGUAGUGUCAGAAGUCUAAAUCAUAUUGAGCUAGAGAGAAGGUAUAGCCUUCUCUUCAACUGAAAAUACCUGUUGGAAGUUUCCAAGCAGUAAUCGUGAGGUAGUCUUCACCCCAGCUGUGCCCCCAUACCUUGGCUGUGGAUGGGCUGUGUCUCGGGCUGGACACCUAUGAACACAGUCCUGUCCUCUCAGACAGAAGGGGACCACGAUGCUCUAUGCAGGUGGUUUUGACAAGACAGCGUAACAUUAGAUAAUCUGACUUUUACAAUGUUAAAUGCUUGGUGCAGUGUAAAUAUAUUUAAUGUGUAUAUCGGUAUGAAUAAAAGAUAUAAACCUUUUCUCAGAGUUAUAAAAUUCCUUAGUUGCUACAUGAAUAUGCAAGGGGUGAUGAGAAUAUAUGGCAAGUCAGCUUUCCUGCCAGUGGUGGCCAUGCCGCAAAGUCCCGAGCAGGGCAGUGGCACACUUCCACAUGGGCUGUACACAAGGACUGGGCUGUGCUCCACACUGGAUGGUCCCUGCCUACUGGCUGGGGUGCUGCUGAGGCUUCAGUGCCUGGCGUUAGAGUGCAUGGUGGCAAUGGAGGAUGGAGGAGAAGGGCUGCCGGGCUUGGACUGCUCUCUGACCUGUUGCUGCAGAGUAAAAUAAGUUACUGGCUUGUUUAAGCCACUGUCUCUUGGACCUUCUUUAUGACUGGUUUUAGGUAAUUGACACUAAUGUCAUUAUACUCGCCUUAUUGUACUAAUGUGAUUAUACUCUCCUUUUGUGCAAGACAUCUUUUCACUUCUCUAAUAAAACUCUGCCUUCAUGAAAGUGCUGGGUUACAGAUGACGUAGUUUUAGAAUUGUAAUGGAUGUAGUUGUUUCUUCCACUUCACGGUCCAUUAAAGGACCCAUCUUUGUCACCUUUGCCACCAGAAAGUAGUAUUAGUCUUUAUAUGUGGUUGUUUUAAAACCAGUCUUGUGAUAGAAAAGAACCUUCUUCUAAGUUGAAUUUUCUGAUUACUUGCAAAGCCAAACAUUCCCAUGUUUAUUGGCUCUUCGUAGAUCUCUGCUGUAACUUGCUUGUUUGAUUCAUUUCUACCUCGUUUUCUUUGGCUUAUCUCUUUGUCAGGGUUUUUCCCUCCAGACACAGAUGAAAAGGGACUUGUCCCAGCUAUUACUGAGUAGUCUGUUCUUCACUCCAAGUAUCCACUCUUUACAUGCUGUGUCCGUUUCUGGGUGGCAGGUGUGGACCUCUUGUCUCCAUCACCAUGCUUGGCGGCUCACUUAGUUUUGUCCUUUUUUCAGCCACCUGUGGCCGGCUCCCCUUCCAGUGUCUUGUGCGCUUUCUGUUCCGAACAGUAUAGAAUCAGCUUAUUAAGUUCUAAAAUUGUGUUGCUCUUUUAACUGAGACUGUGCUGGUUUAUUCAUUAAUUGAGGAUAAUAGAAUUUUCAUAAUAUAAUUUCCCCCAUUUGUAUCAUGAUAGCCCUCAUUUUAUUUAAGUCCUUUAUUCCUGGAUAAAAUUUUAAUAACUUUCUUCAUAAAGGUCUUACACUUUUUAUUAGGCUUAUUCCUAUGUAUUUGAAGAUUUUUAGUUUGGCUGGGGAUCUUUCUCUUUUUAUAUACAAAUAUGGAGUCACUAGGACAUCCAUGUAUCUACCUAGCGUUGUUUAUCACUCAGAAGUUUCUACAUUUAAAUAUAGUAAAUUUAGCCUUUACGUAUUUUGUCUCCUUAUUUAAAAAGCUCUUCCCUCUUAGAUCAAGAAAACAUUCUCAUGUUAAUUAUGUGUAGGUAGCUCUCUUCCCUAGCAUCUUUGGUACCUGGGCUCGAACUCAGGUCUUUGGGCUUGUGAGGCAGGCAGAGGCACCACUAAGCUAAAUCCCCAGCCCUACCUAGCAUUUUAAGAGAAAAAAAAAAAACCAAAAAAAACAACAGGCAGUUCAUCCUUCCAAUGCUUAAAUCAUUGUGGCUAAAUAAUUGGUAAUUAUAAGUGGUAGAAUGGCUUUGGAUUUUUGUUCCAAAUCCAUUUGGGAUCAUCUUGUCACAUUUAGAUUUUAUUUCUUUGAUUGUAGUGAAUGUGCAGGUUUGUCAGGAUUGCAUAUCAUAUUGAGUUUCUCAUGAAUAGGUCCUAUUGAUCCAUUUUCUUUUAAUACAGCUUUAUUAAAAAAUCCCAUUAUGUCUUACAUUUUAUAACAAAGUCAUUACAAUUUAAAUGUGUUCCUUAAGACACCAGAGUUCUUGUUGCCAUCGUAAAUGAUAUCUUUUUAAAAAUCACAGUUUCUAAAGCCAGGCAUGGUGGUGCACACCUGUAAUCCCAG